AGAAUGUACCAGCAACCCAAUGCUUGGCCGAGCUGAGCCGAAACAAGGCAAGAACACGUACACACUCUGCCAGGCUAGAAAACCAAAAAAAAUUGCAAUAGAUCGCGAUCACAAUUCACAAAGGCAUCUCGAGCUUAACUAUUUAAGCUCCAGAGUGGAAAUUCCCCCCAACUAAGCUAGCACUGGAGAUCUCUCCCUCCCUCUACUGCUCUGCUCGCUACCACUGUUCGCGCACGCACAUGUCGUCCUCGUCGUCGUUGGCCGGCGAGGAGAAGGGCGCCGCUCCGCCGCCGCAGGUGGAGCAGUGCAAGGGCGUGAACGGCCUCGACAAGGUCGUCCUACGCGAGGUCCGGGGCAGCUCCGCCGAGGUGUACCUGUAUGGUGGGCAUGUGACAUCAUGGAAAGAUGAGCAUGGAGAGGAGUUGCUUUUUGUUAGCAAUAAGGCUAUUUUCAAACCUCCCAAAGCUAUACGUGGAGGAAUACCAAUAUGCUUUCCACAGUUUUCCAACUUUGGAAAUCUGGAACAACAUGGAUUUGCGAGGAAUAGAUCCUGGAGCGUUGAUACUGAUCCGCCACCAUUUCCAGUACCAACUUCCAAUAGAGCAUAUGUUGACUUAAUCCUUACAUCCACUGAAGAGGAUUUGAAGAUCUGGCCUCAUAGUUUUGAAUACCGUCUGAGGGUUGCACUUGGUCCUGGUGGUGAUCUGAUGCUAACUUCACGUAUAAGAAAUGCUAAUGCAGAUGGAAAGUCGUUCUCUUUUACCUUUGCAUACCACACAUACUUUUCGAUUUCAGAUAUCAGUGAGGUACGAGUAGAAGGCCUGGAAACUCUGGAUUACCUAGACAACUUACAAGAUAGAUCCCGUUUCACUGAACAAGGCGAUGCGAUUGUUUUUGAAUCUGAACUGGACAGAAUAUAUCUGGGUACACCGUCAAAAAUUGCCAUUAUUGACCAUGAGAAGAAAAGAACAUUUGUUGUGAGGAAAGGAGGCCUUCCUGAUGCUGUUGUUUGGAACCCCUGGGACAAAAAGGCUAAGGCUAUGUCAGAUUUUGGGGAUGAUGAAUAUAAACGCAUGGUUUGUGUGGAGGCAGCUGCCAUUGAAAAGCAGAUUACUCUGAAGCCUGGUGAGGAGUGGACUGGGAAGUUGGAACUUUCUGCUGUGCCAUCUAGUUAUUACAGUGGUCAGCUAGACCCUGACCGUGUGAUUCAGGAAUCAAGUGUCCCAGAGGAUUCGAUUGGCUAGUCCUUGCUGUGUUUCUUUGCAGGUAGACCAUUAAUUAUAUCAUAUGCAUAAGGGACACUGCCAACAAGGAAUGUCGACAUGUUUCUUCGAUUCUAUUCAAAUAUUUGUUGUUUUCCAUUCGGAAUGCAUAUCCGGACUGAGGAACAUCAAAUUGGUUUCUUUUUUGGGGUCUACGUGAUAUAAGGGACAAAUCAGUGUUCAUACCCUGUACAGGGAUGUUUGAAGCGAGAAACAUCUUCAAUGGAUUGUAAAAUAAAAGAAAAUUUCUAUUUUAUUUUCAUCCAUUCUUUUUGCCUUCAGAUGUGUAAGUUCUAUACUGGACCUAGAAAACGGAGAUGGUGCGGAAAUGAACACGCAUAUUGUGUAAA